CCCAUGCCUUUUAUCCGGCGGCAAUGCACGCUCCGCUACCAGAACACGAUGGUCCGGGGUGCAGAUUAGAUUUUGUCUGGCUGUCGGGGGGCGAGUACGUGGAAAGCUGGAGAACUUCCAGUUUGGGAAGAUGAAAGAUAGGCGCGGUAUAUAUAUACCGCUGUAGAAUGCCAGAUGAAAGCCAAGGACGAUAGGAUUGCAGCUCUCACAGUUUUCGCCCUCCAAGAUGAAGUUCCUCUUCGCCUCCCUGCUGGCCGCUACGGCUUCAGCGCACUACACUUUCCCGGCUCUGGUUGCCAAUGGCCAGGCCACGUCUCAGUGGCAGUAUGUUCGCAAGACGACGAACUACCAGUCCAACGGCCCCGUCACCGAUGUGACUUCGUCGCAAAUCCGCUGCUAUGAGCUCAGCCCCGGCACAGGCGCCUCAGGCACCAUGGAGGUUGCAGCUGGCUCCUCCAUCGGCUUUACAGCCCAGUCUUCCAUUUCGCACCCGGGUACUCUGCAGUUCUACAUGGCUAAGGUGCCAUCCGGCCAGACAGCGGCUACGUGGGAUGGUACCGGCAACGUCUGGUUCAAGAUUUACGAACAAGGGCCUACUAUCGCGGCUGGUGGACUGAGCUGGCCAUCACAGGGCAAGUCACAAGUCACGGUCCCGAUCCCAAAGUCUCUUCCCACGGGCGAAUAUCUCUUCCGCGUCGAGCAUAUCGCAUUGCACUCUGCUGGCUCGGCCGGUGGCGCGCAGUUCUAUAUCUCGUGCGCCCAGAUCAAGGUCACGGGCGGUGGCAAUGGUAGCCCCAGUCCUCUCGUUUCUUUCCCAGGCGCGUACAACGCGAAUGAUCCCGGAAUCAAGAUCAACAUUUACUACCCCGUCCCGACAAGCUACACGCCUCCGGGCCCUAGGCCAUGGACUGGUUAGAGAAGUCAGGAAGC